GGUGAUGUGUUUUCCUUGUUUGUGUGUGUGAGUGAUGUCUCCGCCAUUGAAUUUCAUUUUAGCCGAGAAUUGAAAUAGGUUGUGCCUUUCACAAAUCGGCAAAAAUCUUUAUAAUCUCUCUUCCUUUGCCUAUUCUAUUUAGCUAUAUUCCGUGCACCAUAAUUAUAUCAAAUGGCAGACAGAGACACAGAUGAGUUAAACAUCGAUAACGUAAUAAAAAAAUUAUUAAAAGUUCGUGGCGAAAAGCCUGGAAUGAAUGUACAGUUAACAGAAAUAGAGAUCAAAGGGCUAUGCUUGAAAUCGCGAGAAAUAUUCUUGUCACAGCCGAUUUUACUUGAAUUGGAAGCGCCGCUUAAAAUUUGCGGUGACAUCCACGGACAGUAUUACGACCUGCUCAGGUUGUUUGAGUACGGAGGCUUCCCCCCUGAGUCCAAUUACCUGUUCCUCGGUGACUACGUUGACCGCGGGAAGCAGUCGCUGGAGACAAUAUGUCUGCUCCUCGCCUAUAAGAUCAAAUACCCAGAGAACUUCUUCCUUUUACGUGGCAACCACGAGUGCGCUAGCAUUAAUAGGAUUUAUGGAUUCUACGACGAAUGCAAAAGGAGGUAUAACAUCAAGUUAUGGAAAACAUUCACAGACUGCUUCAACUGUUUGCCAGUUGCCGCGAUAGGUAAGUCUACAUAUAUUAUAGUUCUGUAAUAACUAUGUAGGUAC